GCCUGGGCUAUGACCCCUGCAACCCCGAGUUGCCCAAGCCCCCCGCGCAGAGGGAGAAUGGCGCCUUGGGGCUGGGGGACGAGCCGCGCUCGGACGCGCAGGAGCUGGAGCUGGUCAACCAGGCCAUCGAGGCUGUGCGCAGCGAGCCGUCUAGGGAGGGCCCGGAGGCCGAGGGGGGCGCCCUGCCAGAGACCAAGGAGACGGCAGUGCAGUGCGAUGGGGGUGACCUCGGGCCGCCCACACAGGACCCCAGCGAGGCGCCCCCGGCCAAGCCCGGCUCCCCAGCCCAGGCCGCACAGAAUGGGGGGUGCCCCGGGGACGGGAAGCCCAAGAGGAAGAAAAGCGGCACCCGCGCCGCCCCCGGCCGGAAGGACGGUGCCCAGAGGAAGGACAAGGGCACGGACAGGGCGGCCGUGGACUACACGGCCCUGGAGAAGGAGGUGGACUUCGACUCGGACCCCAUGGAGGAGUGCCUGCGCAUCUUCCAUGAGUCCACCUGCGUCAAGACGGAGGACAAGGGCCGGCUGGCCCGGCAGCCCCUGAAGGAGCAGCAGGGCGAGGAGAAGGGGCCUGCGGGCCUGACCACGCUGCUCCCCGGGCAGAAGAGGAGGAUCUCCCACCUCGCCAAGCAGGGCCCAGAGGCGGAGCCCCCGAGGAGCCGCCCGGCAGCACCCCUGGCCCGGCCCCCGACAGCACAGGAGGUGUGCUACCUGCGGGCCCAGCGGGCACAGAGGGAGUCAGCCGGCGGGCUGCAGGCGGAGAAGCCCACCUCGGUGCACAUCUCGGCCCCUGGUGAGAGGAAGAGGAUCGCCCACGUCCCCAACCCCCGCUUGGCUGCCGCCCCCACAGGCGCCAAGAGGACCCUCGCAGCCAGCAGUAGCCAGCCCUCCGGUGGCCCUGAGCCCAGUGGUCAGCCGCUGAAGACGCGCACGCUGGCGGGGAUGGCAUCCAAGACCACCACCACCGUCACCCCCAAGAGAGUGGCCCACAGCCCGUCCCUUCAG